AUGGACCUCCAGGAGCGCGUCUCCUACAUCCAAUCGGCGACCAAGGACAAGGAUGUCGAUGGUGACUACGCCGACGCCAAGACGCCCGGUGAGCUCGAAGACGGCGCACUCGUCGCCGGUGGUGCGCUUUCGCUCGUCUCCCGCGAGGCCCUCGCGCUCUUCUCGCAGUACUUUGCCAUCGGCAUUCUCUACGGCAUGCUGCCCGGUAUGCAGUACUCAGUCUUCCAGAACUACUUGAAGAUGGAAGGCUACCAAGUGUCGGCCUACGGUGUGCUCGUCGUCCUCGGCUGGUCGUUCAAGGUCUUCUUCGGCAUGCUCUCUGACUGCGUGCCCAUCAUGGGUUACCGCCGCAAGCCGUGGAUGAUUCUCGGCUGGACCAUCGCAACCGUCUGUCUCUGCAUCAUGACGUUCUCGUCGUUCCCGGACCCGUACUGCGAUGCGCGUGAGAUUCCUUGCCCCAAGAAGGUGCCGACCGGCGUCAAUAUGACUCCGGAACUUCGCCAGUGGUACAACUUUGACGCGCCGGAUCAGGGCGGCAAGUUUGUCAUGCUCUCGGUCAUUGUCAGCUUUGGCUACGUCAUGGCCGACUGCGCCGCCGACGCCAUGGUCGUCCACACGCUCUUCUUCCUUGUCGAAGUCAAGACCGAGCGCACGCCGUUUGGCGCCUACAUCUCCAACUUCUGGGGCCUCCUCCAGAAGCGCGUCAUGUGGCAGAUUUGUGCCUUCAAGUUCAUCAACCAGGUCUUUGCUGGCAUCAGCGCCACCCCCGGCAGUCCGAUGGCGUCGGUCUGGGCCGAAGUCGAGCCGCUCAACGAUGCCCUCUCGGGUGUCUUGAGCUACCUCAUCAUGACGCUCGUCAUGGCGGCCGUCGGCAAGUGGGGUCUCCACUGGAACUGGCGCUGGGUCAUUGCCCUCGGCACGAUCGGUAUCAUCCUCAUUGAUGGUAUUGUCAUCUUCGUCACGAUCUGGGAUGUCUUCCGCAACCAGUGGUUCUUCACGGGCGUCCCGCUGGCCGACAACGUCCCCGCCGGUAUCCGCUUCAUUGUCGCCACGUACUGCGCCGUCGAGAUCGCCGACAUUGGUAACGAGGGUGCCACGUACGGUCUCGUGACGACGAUCUCGAACCUCGCGUCGCCGUUUGCGUCGGUCAUCUACAAGCUCAUCGACUCGUACUUUGAUGUGUCCAUGGACCAGAUGGCGGUUGAUGACAAGCAUGUCCGCUGGGAGGUCUCGUACUGCUACUUCAUCUCGUACGGCUGCAAGCUGGCGGCGCUUGGCUGGCUCUUCCUCCUCCCGCCGCAGAAGGAAGCCAUGCAAGAGCUGAAGAAGCGUGGCCAGACGAGCAAGCUCGCGGGUGCGCUCCUCGUCGCGAUCUUCUUUAUUGCGCUCAUCUUUUCGGUGACGACCAACUUCAUGUCCGUGUACCCGUCGACCAAGUGCUACCGCAUUGCCGGCGGCAAGGGUACGGUCAACGGCUCGUGCCCAGUCAAGAAGUAA